GUUACUCGCUAUACCUAAUUAUGUACGUAUUUAAUUUUUAAACAAUACGUUUAUAUUAUAAGAUGUAAUAAUAUUUGGGCACGUUUCUAUAAGUACGGUGCAGAACAUACAAGUGAGAUGGAGUUUCAGAUGGAUCGGGAAUCGGAAAUUCUCAGGAAUCAGAAGGAAUUUCAGAGAUUUCGGAAAAAUUUGUUUGAAGUGCAUGAGAAACCCGGGAAAGCCAUCGCGAAGAAAUUCGAAAACUAUAUUGACGAGAACGAAAACGCAACGCCAUCGGCUGAAGAUACUUUUCUAGCGACUGCGAGCGCGUUAUUGGAGACAAAUGAAACCGCAGGAGAUGCUGAAGUCACAACCGUCGCUAUAAAUGCAGAAGAGGCUACCGCGACCAAGGACGGCGAUAGAGACUCUCAACGAGGCGCGGAGGAUACCGCGUUACUGCCAGACAUCGUUGAGGAUAGUGUUGCUGCUGUCAGCGAUCAUCAACGCGAAACAGCCAAAGAAAUUGUCAUAGACGAUGAUGAUGACGACGACGACGACGACGACGACGAUGAUGACUUUAACGAUGCCCAAGAUGACCAAGACGACUACAAUGAAAAUACAUUAGAAGAGAAGAAACUGGAAUGCGAGUCUGUUUCAGACGAUCUCUUCGAACACUUCGGGACGAACCUUCGGGCAACGCCGUCGUUCGACUACAGCCUGGACGGCAAAGAUCCGUUCGCCGACCCCCGAAUGAUCGGGAAGUCGGAACUGACCGUGUACGAGGCGUUCGGGGCGGCGUGCGUGUUGGACAUAUGGGUCAACCGGAUCGGCAUGAUGGACGCGAUGGACGGGACGGGGACGCUGCGCGACUGGGACUGUGAGCAGCCCGACGUCGCCGCCGACGAGGAGCCGCCCAGCGAUCACGCCGAGACGGCGUCGCACCGGGGAAAGGUCACCAAGUUCCUGGCGUUCGUGCAGGACACGCUCCGGCUGACCGUCGCGGAACUGUGGUCGAGCGGCACGUUCGACGAGCUGCGCCAGGUCAACGAGUCGAUGUUGAACGCGGUGCUCGAGGAACGGCAACUGGUAGCGGAUUUGGCGUACAAUCGGAACGCGUUGAACGUUCUGCGGGUAACGAUUAAGGAACGCAAGAAACAUUACAACACUGAUAAAUGGCGCAUUCAAUCGGAGAUAUAUAAUUUGGACAAACAGUUCAAGAAAACUAUGAAAUUAAUAGAUUUAGAAGCCGAUUAUAUACAGGCGUGGGAAAAUCAAUGUUUGAACGAGAAUGAUGAGUUACUGAAAGAAGAAGCAAACCGUCUCCGUCAACCGAUACAACACGAUAGCACAUCAAUAGCGAGAAAUAUUAUAUUCCCCGAACUAAUAGCAUCUAUAGGCCCCAUUUUAGAAAAGUGGGAACGAAUGUAUGAUGUACAAGUGGGUGCUAUCGACGUAGAUACGUUGACUUUAGAAAACGAAGAAGAAGAACUAAAUGAAUCGAUACAAAAAUUGCAUGAUAUCAUCAAUUGGAUGCAAGGCACAACAAAUGAAUUCGAAGAACGUAAACGUAAAUACGAGGCGCGCAUGAGGUACGAAGCUCUUAUUAAUAAAAUGGCCACUAAAAUACAAGCUUUCUGGAGAGGUACAAUGGUUAGGAGAUUUUUGGGUCCGUACAAAUACCUAAGAAAAUUAUUCAAAAAAAGUAAACCAAAAAAAAGAAAAUCCAAAAAAAAUAAAUUGAAAAAAAAAUGAUAAAUCAUAUAGUAAUAAUAAUUGUAUUAAGUCAAAUAAAAGGUAAUAACUAGAUUAUCUUUUUUGUGUUA